AUGAGCAAGCAAGCUCUGCAAAACAAGAUGCCACCGGAGUUUAGAAACAUGUGCGUCCUCCUGCCAAACCGAGACCAGCUCAAUGUGAUGGUUGGGGUAAGUCUAUUCUUGCCGCCUUCUGAGAGCCCAGCAUGAAUGACGCAAAAGAAUGUAUUUGAGUAGCUUGUGAGAGUGGUAAAACGGAGCCGCAGAAGUCUUUUGUUUACAGAAAGCUUACCAACAUGAAGCUAUCUAUAAAGAUCAUCCCAUUUACCCCAGUCAGUACCUACUUCCCAAAAGAAGAGGACCAGACUAGCUGAAAGAUCUGUUUCUGUGGAUUUAGGAACUCUGUUACAUUUGAUGACCAGAGACUGUUUUUCUUAAAUUCUUUUUCAUCUUCCCUAAUAGUUUUACAGCAUUUGAAAACCAAAGGUCCGCUUGUAUAAGGUCCGCUUGUAAAAACACACAUCUGUCUGCUAACUCAGGCAUUUGUGUUGGUUUUUCCAACACAGAAGACAUUUAGGAAACAUAUUUUGCACAGUAUUGUCUCCUGGUAUAAUAUGGGACAAAUUAUAAGUUGUGCUAUAUUAUGCAAAGUCUCCCUAAAACAGACCCUUACAGAAAUGUGACUAUUAAAUGUUAAUUAUUAGCCCCAAUAAUUAAGGUAAAGAAUGAUAUAUUUCACUGUUUGUGGUAGCUUUUAUACACUAAAAAUGUUAAUGGGAAUUAGUUUCAGGGCUCCAUUAUUUAUUUAUCUGUUUUAAGAAAGAGAAAAAGGCAGUUUCCUGAUUUUCACAAUCCAUGUAUCAAUGAACAAAAAGUAGUCUUGCUUACUAGGCUCAGAUUUAUUUCAAGAUUCACAUUUUUUAUGCAACAUGCACCUGUUUAGUGGGGGUCUGUAUUUGAAAAGGCCGACUAUUUAUUUCCAUGCAUAGAACUGCCUAUUUUCCUUUUCAUGUGUUUGGCCAAUAAAACCGGGCUUGCAAAAAUAAUAACAACAGUGACAGCAACCUAUAAAGAAGAGAAAGCUUAUUAGAAAGCCUUUUGUUGUUGAUAGGUAUAAAGUUUCCAUCACUUUCAAGUCCCCUCUGGAGGGAAAUAGAACAGUAUAUGUUCAAAGUAAAUGAUCAAAGGGGUUAUUCUGUGUUAUCCCACUCAGUUUUUCAGUAACAUGGCCCUUUAAAGUGGUAUUAUUUGGAUGUCGUCCUAUUUUCCAGGGGUGGGGGAGUUGCUUGUGAUAGAUAACAGAGGGUCAGAAAUCCUUGCUGAUCAAAUCACCCAGACCUACUAGUAGAUCUCAGUCUACCUUCUUCCCAGUCUAGCAUAGGCAAUCUUUAUGAAUAGUAAAGGACCCCAUGACUGUUAAGUCCAGUCAAAGGUGACUAUGGGGUGCAGCACUCAUCUCGCUUCAGGCCAAGGCAGCGCACACUGGAAAUGCAACAAAAUUCUGCAGUGCUCCUGUCCAGAAUUUCAGCCAUGCUCACCCAGAAUUCUAUUCCCACCGAGAUCACACAGUUCCCAUGGGACUAUCCCCGCCCCCCGGUUAGGUGUUUUUCCCAUACUUCUAAUGAUUUUUUGUACUUCUGCAAACCUCAGGAUUCCCACCAAGCCUGCUGAUGCCCCUUUCUUGUGCGUGGGUAGGCUGUUCUGCAUAGAUCAGCAAUGACAUGCACAGCCUGAACAUCAGAAAUAGAGAGAAAAGAAAAGUCAGGCUGCAUACAUGCCUUCAAUUUAAAUCUUAUUUAGAGCACAUUCCCUCCCCUCCCAAAGAAUCCUGGGAGCUGAAGUUCUGUGAUGGGUAAACUACAGUUCCCAGGAUUCUUUGGAAGAAAAAAAGAAAGCUUUAAAUGUGUUUUAUAUGUAUUGUGUGUAUGCAGCCACAGUCUUGAAUGGAUUCAGCAAAUAUCCAAUUAUUUCGGGCCUUGAGCUUUGUUUGGGUGUAGUGUACAAACAGCAGACCAGGUACCAUGUGGGCCCCAAUAGUGAACUAACGGGGAUUAACAGAUUGGGGUAGGUAGAUUCCUGCAAUCCUCUGACGUGACAGCCAUUAUGUAAGACUCUCCUUGCAAUUGAGCUUCCAUUAUUUCUGAAGGGAUCUGUCUAGUAUAGCUACUGGGAUAGCUCAUCUGUUCUGUCAUACAUGCUGCAAUGAUCACAUAGUAACUAGUCAUGUGUAUGCAGCCUCAAAGUCCAUGUGCAUCAAUUAAAUGUUCAUGACUAUAUUGCCCUUCAGUGUACAGUUUGAAACCUAUUAGCUAGCAGGCUGAGGGAUGCACCACUGGGGCAUUCUUCUUUAUUAGUCAUAAGAGCAGUGACAGAAUCGUCAUUGCCACCACUACCACAAUAAUCUCUUUUUUGCCUGCAACAAAUCAAUUUAACCCUGAGCUGGUCUCAUCCAUUUCCAUGGAUGUUUUGAUCUACCUUUACACCUCACUUUACCAGCAUAGGAAUUGUUUCUCCAUGUGAGAUCCAGUACUGGUGCAGUAAGCAUCUGUGCUCUGGAACUGCCCUGGUGGGGGCCAGUCUACUUCAAGAUGAGGGACCAUGGCUCAGUGGUAGAGCACAUGUUUUUCAUGCAGAAGGUCCAUGGCAUCCUCAGUUAAAAGGAUCAGGUAGCAGAUAAUGGGGAACACCUUUGCUUAAGGUCUGGAUAGUCAGUGCCAGUCAGAGGAGACAUGACUAAGCUAGAUAGACAAAUAGUCAGGAAGCUGUCAAGCAUCUGUUUAUUUCUAACUGGGCAGUCCUUGUGUGUGUGACACUCACACAAACAACCUUACACCCAGCAUUCUUUAAAUGUUCUCCUAGGGCUUAUCCAUACUUCCUCUUGCCCUUUGGGGGAAACUACUCUUUGGUGCUCAAUCAGAGCAAACAGCAAUCAGGUUCUCCAUGGAUUGCUAUUUGUUCCAUUUCAAAGCUAAAGAGCAGGUUUACCCUGGGAAAGGAGUGGGGCAAGGGGAAAACCACUCGGACCCAUGUUUUCUAGGCAUGGUACAAGCAGAAGUGUGGACAAGCCCCUAAUAGAUAUGCAUAAUUUCCGCAGGACAGAUCCUAUGGGGCUGGGGUAAAAUUUAAGUGACCCAACCAUGUUGGCAGGGUUGAUCAUGUGCAUCUGUGCCGUGGACCUAGUAUCUCUUCCCAGCAAGGAUGCUGAAUCCAUGAUAAAGGCGAAUAUUACUGACCGUGCCUAGCACAAUUUGCAAGCCACUUGGGGAUUUGUUCCCCCACGUGACUAGGAGAAGGUUUUAAGCAGGGAGCGGUGGUACCAAGCACCUGCUCUGCUGUCAGUCACAUUUCUCUGCUUACUGGAAGAGGCAAGGUAGCAAGGAGGCUGGGGUGGGGUGGGAACAAUGGCAGGCUGACUCUGCCACAGCACCCGAACCUUUCCAACUUACCCACCACCACACCGCUCCCGGUAAGCACCACAAUGUGGCUGACCUCGGGAGGGCAAGUGCCUGGUGGUUCCCCUCCUCACCCCCCACCCCCAGAUUAAAGGGCACCCACAGAGUUCAAGAAAUAUGGUUCCCACACUGCUGUGGCAGUAGCUUGAAGAAACCCAUUAAUUGGAAGAACACUCGCGAUUUAAACUUUUAAGCUUAUACUUGCUUGAUGGUUGGGCACUUUGUCAAAACAACCCAUUUCGGAUUAAAGAGCAGGAGCUUUCUGAGCUCUUGAAAGAUUCCGUGAGCGAUAGGAAGGGGAUGACCCUGAACUUGCGCACCGACUGAAAUAUUGCAGCAAGUACAGCUCUCCAUCCAAAGAUAUAAGUGGUGGGAGAGUCACUUGGUAUACAGAUGACGCUUUGCCAAAGGACAGUCUUUUAAAAAUGGAACUCUGUAUAGAAAGACUUGAAAUUUAUAAUAACCUGUCCCUUGGAUUAGUCUAUUUCAUUCAUCUGCUGGGACUUAAGGGCUUCUUUUAGGUUCUUCUCUUUCCUAGGGCUGCCACACGUCCAGGGUCUCCCGGACAAAUCUGGGAUUCUGCCCUUAAAAAUGGGGGGAAAUUUCCGGAAUUGGCAAAAUGUGUGGGGAAACCAGGAUGUAUGGCAAUGAGGGUGGAAUACAUUGCCGGGAGCAGCGGCAGCCCCCACAGCGACGCUGAGGCCGGCUGCAUGCUGUCACCCAGAGGUCUGGGCAUCUGGGAGAGGACCAGGGCGCCUCCCAUGGACUGGCAAGCCUGUGAAGCAAAAAGGCAGUGGGGGUGGUUUGUGGGUAAGAUUGGGCAUGGAGUGCACAGGCGCUGCUUCCAUGAGGAGGGUGAUGGCUUCACGAGGCUGGAGGAAGCAGGGGACAGGCCAGGUAGACGGGGAGGGAGGGAGAAAUCUUGCUUACGAUAUUGGAGGGAGGAUUUCGUGAGGUGGAGGAGCAGCAGAGAAGAUGAAGGCAAAGGCAGCGAGGGAACAGGCAGGUUUCAGAGGAGGGGAAAAAUGCACCUCUGUCUGGGUUUUCAGUUUUGGAAAUAUGGCAACCCUACUCUUUCCCCCUGUAGAGUGCCAUUUUUUCAAUACAUAUGUUGUUACCAAAAUAUUGCUGCGAAGUGUCUUCCUUAAAACAAGACAAUCCAGUUUGGAGUAGUGAGUGGUGAAUUAGGAUGAUCUAGUUUUCUGGCAUCAACACAGUGGUCUAUAAUAUUGCAGAACAGUCUGUUACAUAAUGGGCAUACCAAUGGCCCUGACCGUGCUGCUAAGAGCUUAUGUGAUGUCAGCAGCUCAAAUGGGCUUGAAUUCCAUCGAUUGUUGGCAAUUUUGAUCAAGUGUGGUACAUGUAAAAUGGCACAGAGAGGCCCCUCUCAUCUGCUUUCUGGCCAUGUCAGUGGUCUUCCUGCAGUUAGCCAUUCAUGGUCAUCAGCUGAUCAUGGGCUUCAUAUAUGAGGCGAUUUCCUAUUUUUUUUCUGGGCUUAAAGGUGGCGCAAAUGCUUUGUAUGUAUAAGAUUGCAGGUCCAAUCCCUCGCAUCACCAAGGAAGGCUAGGAAAGUCUGAAACCCUGGAGGGCCACUGCCAAUCAGUAUGGCUCAGCCUGGUGCUCUCCUGAUGUUUUAGACUACAACUCCCAUCACCCGCAGUCAGCUUGGCCAGUAGAUAGAAUGAUGGGAGUUAAUGAGAACAUAAGGAGAGCCUGCUGGAUCAGGCCAAUGGGCCAUGCAGUCCAGCAUCCUGUUCUCACAAUGGCCAACCAGAUUCCUGUGGGAAACCCUCAAGCAGGAUUUGAGCACAAAGGUCCUCUCUCCUCCUGUGGUUUCUAGCAACUGGUAUUCAGAAACAUUACAGCUUCUGAGCAUGGGUCAGCAACAUCUGGAGGGUGUACCAGGUGGGGAAGGUUGGUGUUGAUAGCAAAGGUCUGACUCUGGAUAAGAGAGCUUUCUAUGUUCCAUUGUGAGGGAGGUAGCCAUAGUAUGGUGAAAGUCACUCUCAUUCUUUAUUGUGAGUUGCUGCACGCAUCACAGUUUGUGGCAGGGAGGCAGCCACGAUAAGAAGUGGUUUGAAUAUUUCUCCUUGUGGCAGUAGCUAUCUAUGUCCUGGUAUGCACACGAGUUACUAGUACUGGAACCAGAACUUCCAUCAAAUAAGUCCCUAGUUGAUUAUCUGUGUCCCAGUAGCUCUUCUUUCAGAGGAUGCUACCAGUAAAGAAGGUAAUCUUCAUUUCUCAAAUGAGUUCUUUUAUCUGCAUGCCCGAUCUUUCUAACAUUAAAUUUGGCCUUUGAAAGGCUACUUAAAAUAGAACCAUUUUCUUUAUCCAAUUCAUUCCCUCCUCCCAUAGAACAGAAUUGGUUUAGUGUCUCCAGAAGGAUUAAAAUACUUUGUGCCAGUGCUAUUUUUCUAGAAAAAGAGGUGCCGGAACUCAUCACGAACACCUCUCUCAUUCUCUUACAAUGGCAUUGGUACCCACCUGAGAGGUGCCAGAACUGAGUUCUGGCAAGUUCCAGCUGAACAGAAAAGGCUCUACUUUGUGCAUGGUUUAUUUGUCCAUAAAAACUAGGAAGGGUCAGCAUGCAGGACCAAGAAGGCUUUGCAGUGCAUCCCAGCACAUAGAAAGUGCUUCUUUCAGAGGCUUGUUGAGACCAGAGUUGUGUUCUUUCUUAGUUCUGCCUCUACUCCAGGAAUAAGGAAGUGGGACUUGCAUCACACUUUGCAUUUCAGAGUGUGUGAAGAUCCAUAUUAAUACUUGCAGAAUUCCUGGAAGGGAGAUUAACUGACUAGGAUGCAAGAAGCUCAUGAAUAGAUCCACAUCUUGAUAAGCAAGGGACUUUGUGUGAUAUUCCCAUUCUCUUUCCGAACACUGCAGGAGGUUUUGUGGGACUGUAUUCUACCAAAUUGAAAUUCUGUCACUUGACUUUAUGCAGUGGACUUUAGAUCCAAGUAACCAUGCAUCUCUCAGCAUUUUUCAAACCUAUAUGCUUCCCCACACCCCCUUCCUCCUUGCACAAGCAUGCGACUGCUUUAAAAUGUUUUUAAAGAAUUCUUUAAUUCUUUAAAAGGUAUAUAUCCCAUACAGUGGUAUCUCGGGUUACAUACGCUUCAGGUUACAUACGCUUCAGGUUACAGACUCCGCUAACCCAGAAAUAGUACCUCGGGUUAAGAACUUUGCUUCAGGAUGAGAACAGAAAUCGCACGGCGGCAGCAUAGCAGCAGUGGGAGGCCCCAUUAGCUAAAGUGGUGCUUCAGGUUAAGAACAGUUUCAGGUUAAGAACGGACCUCCGGAACGAAUUAAGUACUUAACCCGAGGUACCACUGUAUAUCGAGGCAGCCAACAAUAAUAUAAAAUAUAAAACAUUACACAAUUCAACCAAAUUUUAAAUCAAAAUAUCAGCAUGAAAAUGAAGAAAACAAUAACAACUACAAAAGAGUCAUCAGAAUUGAAUGCCAGAAUGGGGGGAUGUUAAGCCAAAGCCCUUUUUAAGCAGCAAUGUAUUUGUGGCCAUCAGAAACAGUACAGUGAGGGGGCCUGAUCCUGCUUGCCUGGCACAAUGUGAGUGCCACUACAGACACCCCACCACACCCCUUUUGCCACUGCCAAGUGUGCCUCAUGGUGUUGAGAGAUCUGCAACAGGGUCUCAAAUGAUGAAACCAAUCUCUGAAUUUCCUCUCCCGUGCUCCCUCAGUACCACAUACCUAUUUCAUUUUGUUAUUGAAAGUGGUUCUUUCAGCAUCUGUGACAGAACAACCGCAGACGUUCCUGGAUGUGACUGAUUAUAUGGAUCCAUGCCAGUCUGGGUUCAGGCCUGAUUUUGGGACUGACUCAGCCUCGGUCACCUUGAUGAUGACCUUUAUAAAGAGAGGGAGUACUCCAGGCUGUGCAGGUUAUUUCGACACGCCAGGCAGAAAAUCCUGCAAGUUGCUCUCCCUGGAAGUAAAAAUACAGUAAUAAUACAUUAAGAAUGACAAGGGCCAGAUAGAGAAGAUGGAAGGGCCACAUACAACAAUUGAGCCUGUGGCUCCCCACUCCUGGUUGUACUAGCCCAGUCUUGAAAAUCAGGCCAUAAAAGUUACUAGCCUGUAGUUCUUUUGUUUUUUACUGGCCAGUGUGGCAGAGGAGAAUGGGAAUGCUCUCCUGUAGCCAGCUUGGAAACACAGAAUACUAGCAUCUAGCAUAAGCAGCUGGAUGGCAACACCAAGCGGACUGGCCAUGGAAAAAUGGAGAGGUCUGUGUCUCCUUCACAAGCCUACGCAUUUGCCUGCAUGGAAUUCCUGGUUGCUUAUGGCUACCGGGCAAGUUGUUAGCUUGUGAUAAACAAACCAUGGCAUCAUGUUAUGUCUGAAAUCCCAACUUGCGACUUGCUGAAGAACAUUCACGGCUCUGUAAACUUAACCUUUAAUCCACUUAAUGGGGGGAUGGGGGGAACCAUGCAAUGAUUUUAUAUGACUGAGCAGGUUUUCACCUUGAUCUCCAGUGUUCAGAUUCACCAUGCUAUCUACUAUUCUACAUUGCCCUGUGAUUCCAGUGCACAACAGGAUAUCAUGCAACAUGGCGCUGUUUUACAUGUGUAAUAAUAUUGCCUCUAAUUCAUCACUAUGAAAUACUGGCCACUCUCUAUCUAACACAGCAUUAAGCUGGCUUAAGUUCACUGACUGUGAAGCAAUAUACAUGUUAGCAAUAGAGAUUGGAUUCUAGAGCAAUCUUAAUUGUUUCCAUCCAGCUGUGGAUGUGCUUUAUGGCAGUAUGUUCGGUUCACGCUGUCAGAUGCAAUGAUGCAAUGGAGCAUGGAGCCAUGAGGCAGCGCAAAUUCCCUCACUACGAAGGUUUGCUCAGGCACGGACUUUGCUCCUUCAGGUUUUUUAUUGUCCAAAUACCUGUUAAGUUUUCUUAGGCAAGGGGAAACUAUCCUAUCUUGUUCAAACGGUAAACUAUUUACCAUUAUCUUUUCCUUUGUAGGUAAAAGCCACUGGACAGGAACUCUUCGAGCAAGUUUGUGACGCACUGAGAAUUAAAGAUCCUCACUUCUUUGGCAUCAGUGUUGUAAAAAGUAAGCACGGAGAGAAAUUGUUUCAGAAGUAAACAUGGGAUUGGAUGUAGGUCAGAGAUGUUCAGUGUAGUGUGGUCGCUAGUCAGGAGCAUCGUGUCAAAGCCCUAUGAUCACUGGCCUGUGAACAUGUCUAUUAGAAAAAGGAGGGGUUUGAGCUUUUAAAUUUAGUCUUAGCCCACCCGCCCAGAGCUAUUCUUUUCUUUCUUUCUUUCUUUCUUUCUUUCUUUCUUUCUUUCUCUCUCUCUCUCUCUCUCUCUCUCUCUCUCUCUUUCUAUCUCUCUCCCUCUCCAUUAGAUAGAAUUCUAAAAUAUUGGUUGUAUGGUGAGAGAAUAUAUCUAGAAUGUCUGGGACUGGAUGUAUUCAGUGGCUUUCAAAGCCAUAAUUUGUGAGGAAUGUUGUUUUUACUGACAUUUGGAGGAGUUUGAACGUGAUUAAAUUAUUCUACAGAGAAGGCUGAAGAAGCAUACCAGUAGGCCAAAGCAUUCUUUUCAAUAAUCCAGGUCACUUUGAUACCAGUACUGUAUAUAAUAUGACUCACAAGUGGAAUCUCUCAGAACUUGGAAAACCUAUUAGAUAAAACAAACAUUGACUGUAUUGAUGUUCGCCAGGAUCUAAUGGGAGAGGAGAAACUGGUCUUGGUUUCCCAGUCCUCCCUACAAGGUUGCCUUAAUACGCUAAUGCUGCUCUCCCAGGUGUUGCACAAUUGGGGAUAAGCACGUUUGGAGACUUACAGGUGUUGCUCUGAAUCAACAACCACUCCUUACACAAAGGAUGUUUUCACUAUCCACCUUUGCUUAGGGCCAUUUCACUCAUCAGACAGAGGCAAACCUGCCUUAAAGCUUAGUUUACCCCUAAAAUGUACUGCGUGAAGUGAUAGCAGCAGCAAUGCAUGGACUGAUGCACGUUCACAGUUUUCAAGAUGAAAUAAAAUUCAGCCGCCUUUUUCUAUCAGAGGUGGUGACCCUGUGACCUUCCAGAUGUUGCUGGGAUCUCAGUCCAUCAACUCCAGUCAGCAUGGUCAAGGCUGAUGGGAGUUGCAGCCUAACAUCUGGAGGACCACAGGUUCCUUGUCUUUAUACUGAAGAAAACGCAUAUUGCACCCAUAUUUAGUGCCCUUGGGUGGUAUUCAUGGCUAAUCCUACUCAGAGUAGACCUAUUGAAUGUGACUAAUUGGGUUAAUUAAUGGGUCUUCUCUGAGUAUGACUCCGUGAGCCACAUUUAACUAAAUAGUUUUCACUAACAGGAGACAAGAGCCACAAGUCCCAUUAGAUCAAUGGGGCUUUCCUCCCCUCUCCUCCUCUGCAGAGGCCCCUGAACCCCAUCCCAGAUGGGCUCUGGGGUGUCAGGAGAACCCCUAGAACAGCAUGCAGGGGGAGGAGAAGGGAAAUCAUUCCAUCUGGCAAGCAGAAAUGAAAUCCAGCCCCUAUCUUUGUAAUCAAGAUAAUUACCACGAAUUGGAUGACAUAAUUUGCAUUCACAAAUCCUGUGCUGGUGAUCAUUCCAAGUAGGAAUGAACACGUAGAAGGCAGAAUUGGGAUCCAGCCCACUGGACGUGCCACCGCCUGCUGUCUUCCGUGGUCCUCAUUUGCAUAUGCAUACACUUUAGGGCACAAAGGCUCCCUUAUAUGUCAUGGCAUCCUACAGAAAUCAAGCAAACAGCUCGCAAGCAGUGAUCCUGAAUGUUUAUGGGUACACCUGCAAAGGCACGUCAUACACAAACAUUCACUCAGUAGUAAGUACCAUUGAUUUCAAUGGGACUUUCUCCCAGGUACAUAUAGGAUUGCAACCUGAAAUACGCAAUGUCAGUACUCAAGUCAACCUGGCGAUCCUAUGCUGUUACCAGCCUUUCUCCCCAAUGUCAGAUGCAUGCUGCGUGCUUAUUCAGUGGAGCAGAAAAUGCGCUCUGUACAUUCUCAAAAACACUCUUGUUACUGCUUUUGAUUCCAGAGUUGAGCCGUUGAGACUGAGUAGGAACAUGAGUGUUUGGGGGCUGAGCCUUGGCACCAGUGAAACUUGGCCUUUGCGUUGGCAUGUUUUGUGAGUGACACUUAAACUGGCCAAUUUGUGUGCCUAUCCAAGUCCUCCCCCCACCCCACGCAAACACCUCCGCUGUAAUCAGCUUGAAAUUGUUCCCAAAUUUCAUGUAAUCAAAGGAACACACUUUUUUUAAAAAAGAGGCAACUUGGAACACAUGACAAGGCUCUGUAAACUUAACCUUUAAUCCACUUAACUGGGGGGGGGGGAGAGACACAGACCGGACCCUCUGCUUUUAUGUGAGAAAGCUGGAGGGGGUGGGAAGGACUUUUUGUUUUUGUAGCUUAAGGAUUACACUGCAGGUUGGCAUUUUGACAAUAUUAACCUCAUUAGAGUCGGAAUGUAUUGCUGCAUUCCUGCACAUGAUGGGAGGACGGCCACAACUGCAGGCUGCGUCUGAGGAGAGAGGAGGUAGAAAGAAAGAAGGACUGUUUCUUGGCUGAGGGAGGCAGGGAGAUCACGCACUGUUGAUAAAAUCCUAAAGCAGCUUAGCAAGUCAUGUACGUUUGCCACCCCCCACCCCCAUAUACAAAUAAUUCUUGGUUUCUAUGUCCCCUUUCCCAGAAAUGGUGCCGAAACAAUAAUAAAGUGGUGUGCUUUUCAGGGUACAAAUAGUCUAUAACACUUUGCAAACGCCACUACAGGCUCAUGCGCAAAGUUGUGAAGCAUGUGAGGGGGAUUGGUGCUCAUUCUUCACAAAGGGAAGCCCAGCACCUAGUGCUGCUGAGGAAGAGAAUGUGUACCCGGUCCUCAGGGCUGGCUCUACUCAUGAGUAAGGUCCCUCAGACUAGACUGAAGCAGUAGCUCAUUCUUGGUGCCUGUGGAUAUUUGCAUUGAACUGUAGGGUGGGUUUUUUGUGUGUGUUUUUAAUGCAAAUAGCAUUUUUAUUAUCGCAAUCACAGUGGCUUCGAAGGAGGGCUUAAUCCCUUCUUCUCCCUGCUUUGGUCCUGAGGUAAAAUUCCUUUCCUGAAGCUGGGGUGAAAUUCCCCAUAAGGGGGUCCAUGUGAGAUUUUCCUCCCAAUGCAAAUUCUGACUUCAGACAAAAAAAAAUUUCCUCAUGAGGUGUGAGCCAGCCGCUUCACCCCACCAGCUAAUGCUAUUUGCAUUUUUAAAAGCAUGCACGUUAUUUAAGUCUGGUUUAGCCCUUUGCCUUGGCCAUAUAUCAGUGUGGCUUGGCGUAUUCUAGUGAACAGCUGGAAGACUGUGAGCCAUACUGAUUUGCCAUAUAAUACAUAUCAACAUCUCCUUUGGUUAACCUCUACACCAGGAAUUUGGCUUGGAAAAAAUAAAACUAUAUUCAGUUUGGCUUAUGUGUGUCUAUGUUAUUAAUUUAUGCCACAAUUUGAUAUCCUGCUUUCCUGAUCGCUCCCUUCCCUUGCUUCCACCCCCUUCCCAAAUAAUAUUGAUCAUCAAAUUUUAUGCAAACAUAUGAAUAAAUUUGCUUUUCCAUAUGGUCAUAGAAUAUCUGUAACCGCUACUACUCUCAGCCUGCUGUCGGUGUGACUUUUUAUUUUAUUUAUUUAUUCAAAACCAUUUUUCCUCACUCUUCAUUGCCAAAGCAAUCCUGAACGGCAUUAUAUUUAAACCCAAUACAUAAUAUACAUUAAGACAAAAUGGGCAGGGGGGGAAACCACAUAGCUAGCAGAAAAACAAAGCCAUCAUUAAAUAAAAGCCUGGGCAAAUAAAUAAGGUUUCAGCUGGCGCCAGAACAUCACACUAUUAAUUUCUUGGGAGUUUUCUUGGGGAGAGGGGAGGUUUGUUGAUAGAGAACAUCAAAUGUGUGGUCUCUUCUAGUGAGUUAGGAUUGCCUCAAGGCAAGUGGUACUCUGGCUUUCACCAUACACACGCGCCUCUCUUCCCCUUUCCCCUAUGCAGAACAUGUACUUGUCGGCCCCUUCAUGUGUUGGAAGCCAUAGACUGGGGUGGGAAACCUUUUCCAGUCUAGGGCCACAUUUCCUCAUGGACAACCUUACAGGGGCCACAUUCCAUUAGUGGCCAGGGCCAGAGGGAAAAGUGGGAGGAGCAAUGGAUGUUAUUUUUACUCUUGUACAUUUAACCACACAAAAAUCACACACACACACACACGUUUUUCCAUCUUGGGUCUGGCUUGAGGAGGGGCAUGCCCUGGGGGAAGUCUCAAGGGCCAGACAGAGAGGUCUAGAGGGCUGCCUUUGACCCCAACCAUAAGGCUUCCCAACCCUGCCAUAAGCUCUUGCCUACAGAAGCUCAUGACACAAAACUAGCACUUUUUGGAGAGGGGUGUGUGGUAUUUUGUGUUUAUAUAGAGAGUUUGCCUGACAUUUUAGAUCCUUUUCAGAAUGUACUCUUCAAUUAUAGCCUUGUCUUUACUUGCUGUUUUUUAAUUUUAAAAAAUCAGAAUUAUAACUGUGAGCUUAACUAUAUGUUGACCCCAUCUAUGUUCUCUUAACAGCAGGAGCACGGCACCACUAAACUCAGCUAGCCAUAUAGUUUAGAGCAGUGAUUCUCAAAUGUUUCAUUCAUAAAAAGUGUGAAUAUUAAUUCUAGUGUGCUGCUACAGGAUAUGAAGCGUGCCUUGAGAAAUUGCCGCUCUGUGCCCCAAACCCUACACCCCGGGAGUAAAGAGGCCCCAUGUAGGAACAAUCCUUAUUUCUCUCUGCCACAUAGCAGAGGUUGCAUGUAUUCAGGCAACAGAGGCCUGGAUAAAGUAGCUCCUCUAAUUUUUGCCCAGUCGACAUGAUUUCCAAGAUUUGGUAAGUGGGAAAAUUCUUUUAAAAGAAAGAACAGGUUUCAAAUUUAAAUGAUGUAAUUGCGUAUUUAAUUUUAUGCCUAUAUAUAAUUACUAACAUUAGAAGUGUGUGUCACACUGUUGAAAAUGUCACAGUUUGUCCCUGAAGCCUUCUAUUUACUAUCAGUUCUCCUGUCUCCUUUUCAGACAAUGAAUAUGUAUUCAUUGACCUGGAGCAGAAGCUUUGCAAAUAUUUCCCAAAGGAGUGGAAGAAAGAAGCAAGCAAAGUGAGUCCUGCCAGUGUAAAUUCCUGACACUGAAUUCUUGACAUGGUUGUGUGGUGAGGCUCCUCCUGUGGGAAGCUGAAACUACUGGACAUUUUUUAGCCCAAUGUUGGUUUUGUUGCCCAAACCAUUUUUUUUUUGCCUGCUUUCAAAUGUAUUUUGAGAUCUGAGAUUCUGAUAGCACAGUGCAAUGCACAUGUACUCAGAAGGACAUCCAACGGUGUUCAAUGGGGCUUGGUCUUGGGUAAGCAUGCCUUGGACUACUGCAAUCCACUCUACGUGGGGCUACCUUUGAAGGUGACCCAGAAACUACAACUAAUCCAGAAUGCGGCAGCUAGACUGGUGACUGGGAGUGGCCACCGAGACCAUAUAACACCAGUCCUGAAAGACCUACAUUGGCUCUCAGUACAUUUCCGAGCACAAUUCAAAGUGUUGGUGCUGACCUUUAAAGCCCUAAAUGGCCUCGGCCCAGUAUACCUGAAGGAGCGCCUCCACCCCCAUUGUUCAGCCCGGACACUCAGGUCCAGCUCUGAGGGCCUUCUGGCGGUUCCCUCCCUGCAAGAAGUGAGGUUACAGGGAACCAGGUAGAGGGCCUUCUCAGUAGUGGUGCCCACCCUGUGGAACGCCCUCCCAGCAGAUGUCAAGGAAAUAAGCAACUAACUGACUUUUAGAAGACAUCUGAAGGCAGCCCUAUUUAGGGAAGUUUUUAAUGUUUGAUGUUUUAUCAUGUUUUUAAUAUUUUUUUGAGAGCCACCCAGAGUGGCUGGGAAAACCCAGUCAGAUGAGUGGGGUAUAAAUAAUUAGUAAUAGUAGUAGUAGUAGUUGUAGUAGUAGUAGUUUAUAAAUCAAGGAGAAGUCUGUGGCUCAGUUGUGCAAGGUCCCUUCAUGGUAGUCACAGCCAUACUCUUUCCAUGAUUAUGCAAAAUAUUAUUAUACAAUAAUAAUAAUAAUUAGGGAUGCAUUGCAAUGAUCGGUACAGAUCCUUUCAGCUAGAUCUACUGGUUUUUUUGCAAGUACAUGGGAAAAUGAUUUGGAGUUCUCCACUGUCUUCUUUUGGAGUGACUUAAGUUGUGCUUUCCUUGAAGUUGCUGUGCUAUGAGUUGGAACAGGGGAUGUCCAAGCCUUAGGCCCUGUCUGGAUUAGCAGAGGCUCGCACAUGUAAAUCUAAAGCAUGUUUUAGUGUUGUGUGUACAUGUGCUUAAGGACAUCAUGUAAUCCCUCCUUUCCCUACCAUCUUUCUUUUGAAGGCAACAGAGAAGUUCAGCCCUCCUUUGGUUGCUUUCUUCAGAGUACAGUACUAUGUUGAAAAUGGACGGGUUAUAAGGUAAAGUUGCCCAAUUCUUUGAGAAUUAUACAUGUUUUUCUUUUUGUACUCUUUCUGCUUACUGCCACUCUAUAGUAGCUCUUAGAAAAGGGUUUGAUCCACUUCUCUGAAAUUGUGUGUGAUAGCUAAUAUCUUUUCCACACAGGUUUGGGGGACCAUCAGAUCUUAGGCAGAACUGUAUUACUUGUUCAUUCAUUCAUCCUGGAUCACUGAACUCUUUAUUUCCACAGCCUUCCUUUCGCUGUUUUUUAAAACUUCUAAAUUAAAACAAAAACCAUGUAAUUAUGAGCCCUCCUCAAAGUAUAUAUCCAAGCUACAAUCCUGGAAAAGCAGCUUGGUUUUGUGAUAGUCUCUUUGUCCUCCUUUAUAACACACCUGUCAACAUGUCAUUCAAACCUUAGUCAGCACAAGAUGAAUAUUUCUGCCUCCCUUCAUUAAAAGCAGCCCAUUUUGUGCUUCGGAGGGAGCAGGGCUGACUCAAGACAUUUUGCUGCCUGAGGCAGAACAACAAAUGCUCUGCCCUGCUGAAGUUAAAGUAUUCUGUGGGCAUUCAAGUUAUUCUGACAGCCCUUUCAACGGAAAACGUUAUGAUGCAUACUGCGUUUUAUGUCUUACGGAGUUUUGUGCUAUGCCCUAAGAGGACAAUUGUGCCCUGACAGGUGGCUUAUAAAUCAUUUAAUAAAUAACAUCAAGUAAAAUCCCACAAGUGGCUAUCCAAAACACCCCUGGCAGUCAAUGUACAAUAACGAGCCUUUUAGGACCCCCAAAACCAGCCGCCUGAGGCAGCCGCCCCACUCUGCCUAAUGGUAGGGUCAGACCUGAGAGCAAAAGACUUAACUCCUAACAAAUCCUACUCAGCCUGAAAGGGGCCUCUAGAACAUCACAUAAUGAUUGAUGGUGACAAAAAUAAUGUCCCUCACAUAUAGUCUUUUCUAUCAGAAUGAUAAUUCUCUGGUAAGUGCUUCCUUUACCUGCUUCUGUUCUUGUUGUUUUCUAACCCAAUGCGGUUCCUUAUCCUGCAGUGACAAGGUAGCACGCCAUUACUACUACUGCCAUCUCCGGGAGCAAGUGUUGAGGUCCCGGUGCACUGACAAAGAAGAAGUCUACUUCUUGCUGGCUGCUUAUGGCCUGCAGGUGGACGUGGGGGACUUCCAGGAGAACUUCCACCGAGGAAACUACUUUGAACCUCAGACUUACUUCCCACAGUGGGUAAGUCUUGCAUUAUGAGAGGGAAGCAAAAUCACUAAGGAGUUUCAAGUUGAACGAAACGUAAAGAAGCUUUUCUUUUUUAAGCUCUCCCCCCCCCCAUUCCUCCUGUACCUGACUCUGCAUGAAAGGCUUAGUGGGUUAUCUGAAUUCACCCUAUUACUUACUCAUGCUCUUUCUUAAUAUGUGGGGUUAUAUCCAGUGAAGCAUGAAUGUAAAGAUAUUCAUCCUUACCCCCUACUUACCACUGCCGCCCCUGGGGGUUAGGAGACCCCCAGGAACAGUCUGGGGUAAAGUGGGAGGGGGGAAAUCAGAUAGAGUCAACUUGCAUAAGCAGGAAACCCCAUCUCAUUGCACUUUACCCAUCCCAAUAAUCUUCAGAAAGCUACUGCCUUCAGAGAGGGGGCCACAGAGAGAAUUUACCUGGCUCUGCAUUAGGUACAACCCAUCGUCCUGAGCACUGUGAAUGAAAACCCCAUUCAGUUGAGAUCCAUUAGAGGCUGCCGUUGGAGGGAGCAGUUUGCAUCAACACCCCUUGCAAUCCGCAGCACUCAGGUUAUCACUGUUGUUCCAAGGGACUGCCCAAUCCUCUGGAGCAGAUUUUCAGACUGCAGGGGGAAUCAAUGAAUAUUGCUUUCCCUCCCCACCCUCCACAAGAAGAGCUGAAGUGAGUGUGCAUCAGAGAGGCAACUUUUAAGAGGUCGGGCAAGUUGAGACUCCACACACUGGCAAGCUCUCUGUUUGGCAUAGAAAGUCCCAGCCAAAACUUGCAUCACUCUUGGAAUUGCCAUUCUGUGAGGAGUAUGGCAUGGGUUGUUUUGUAGGCGGAAAAGGGUCUUGGAUCUUUUCUUUAACCCUGCAAGCUUGUGACCUCGCAGCACCCAAGUCCACACUAGCUCACAUAUGCAAGUAAACAUGUUGAUAGAAUUGGCUGCCAGAGAUGGAACCUGGCACCCGGUAGGAUGUGUCUCUCCCUGUCCCCGGGGCACUGCAGCGAGAUAAUGUAUGAAAUGCUUCUGGUUCAGUUCCACGGCUCAGGAUUGCUGCAUUGUGCACGGUAGCGAGAUAAGGAUGUUGGCAAGAGCUGGCAGGCAGGCAGCCUUGUUUUUGGAGUCUGCUCAUGAGACCCAUGGCACCUGGCUGAUGAGGCAGAGAGGAGUUAAGAAAGAUCAGGCUUCGUGGCAGCAGGAUAAUUAAAGUCAUGUGAAGUCUGACAAAGGGAGACCGUGGUACGGCGACCUGAGGGAGCCUCCCUGUAAUUAAGAGAAUAGAAGACAUUCAGGCAAGAACAUCCCCUUCGAGGGCUUACUGUUCCCUUGUAAAGACUGGGUUUUAGUGCCUCUUAAGUGUUGAGUGAUAUUCAGGAAAGGGAGAAAUAAGAUAUACAACCUAAACUGCAAUGAGCUCUUAUUACACACAGUUUAGAUGAAGCCUGGAAGGAAUUUCUCCUGCUUGGGCAAGCGAUCAGUCUUGCACACAGAAUUUGCAUGGUGAGAAGUCUCCCAGUGACUGUAGCAGGUAUCAGCUCUGACAUCCACUACAGUCACUUGCUGCUUUUUCAAACCUUUCUCAACACUGCCACCUGGUGGGGCCCCCUGUUCACCCCUCCUGUUGUUGUUUUUUCUUCUUCUAAGCAAGAGAAAGUCACCGCGUUUUUCCUAUUGCUAUACUAUUUUGAUCUUCUCUGGUCACUUUGCUCAGAAGGGUUGCCUACUGCUUGCCUUGGAAUGCUACUGGUGUACCAAUAAUAAUAAUAAUAAUUAAUAACAACAACAACAACAACAGUGAUUUUAUUAUUUAUACCCCACCCAUCUGGCUGGGUUUCCCCAGCCACUCUGGGUGGAUUCCAGCACAUAUAAAAACAUAAUGAAAUGUCAAACAUAAAAAACUUCCAGGGCUGCCUUCAGAUGUCUUCUAAAAGUUUUGCAUGGAAGUGCAGUUUCUUAUCUCACUGUAGCACUGUGAAAGAAGGAGCUUCCCAUCACAAUUAAAGACAUGGAUACUCUGUCCUAAUUUGAGCUAUUAACUUCAGGUGCAUAUUGCAAUAUUGACCCGAAGAGAUUCCCUGUGAAAAUUAUUUCUCUAGUGAUUAUUUCUCUAGUGAUUUGGAAUGAUUAGCACCACUUGGAUGGGGAAACAGAGGAAUGACAGUGUCUUCCUCUUUACCCUUUAGCAGGAAAAUUUGCAACAGCUGAAAUUCCCCUGUUCUGCAUUGAAUCUUGUAAACCUAGCUGAGAAGCAUACUUAAAAGGGCAUAGUUAAACUAUGGAACUUGUUCCCACAGAAGGCAGUGAUGGCCACUAACUUGGAAAGCUUUAAAAUACAAUUAUUCAAAAUCAUGGAGAACAAGACUAUUAAUAGCUACCAGCCAUGAAGGCUAUGCUUUGCCUCAACGGUUGGAGACAGUACUGCCUUUGAAUACCAGUUGCUUGAAACCACAGGAGGGGGAAGUGCUUUUGUCCUUGGGUCUUGCUUGCAGUUUCCAUGGCCACUGAGGGAACAGGAUGCUGAAGGAGAUGGCCCUUUGGCCCGAUCCACCAGCCUAUUCUUAUGUUCUUAGGUUACAAAUACAAUUGUCACAAGUAUUAGUAGGGUCUCCCCCCCUUUGUUGUUGCCUUGUAAUUAAAGAGGAACACACUGAGAAAUUUCCUAGUACACACUUAGUGGCUUAUAGCAGGAUUCUUCUUUUUAAGAAUAUUUAAAUGAUGCACCAUUCAAUGAGCUUCUGAUGUGGGGCGGGGGGAGUACCCUCGCCUGAGUCUCACGAACCAUGCCAUGGAUCUCAGCCACCUGGUCUUGCAGACCUAUUGAAGAGAGACUGAGGAAGCUGCUGACGUUGUCUCUUUCCUUCCCCCAUGGCAGAUUAUUGCAAGGCGAGGGAGUGACUAUAUCCUGAAGCAUGCUCCAGAGAUGCACCGGGAACAGCGAGGCCUGUCUACGAGGGAAGCCAUUCUGAAGUACGUCAAGGAGUCCUGCUUGCUGGAAGAUGUGCCUGUCCACUUCUACAGACUGCAGAAGGUGAAGCUGGGCCAAUUCUUGCUUCAAGCAUUGAAAUGCUGUGUUUGAAAUGCAGACAGCCUUUUUGAGUUCUUUUCUCAAGCAAGCAAGCAAACAAAUGGAAAUAAUGGUUGGGAGGAAGGUGCUUGCCAGGUAGACCCUCUGCAGCUUCUUCCCAUCCACCCUUCACACCAGAAGUUUGCCCCUUUCUCUCACCUGAUGCUCCACCCUGUGGCACCUUCAGAUCACACUGGGUGGCCAGACCCAAUCCAGGGAUGUCUCCACCUGACUCAGACAAAGCCUGUAUUCCCCCCACCAUCAACCCUGACCCAGCUCACAAUUGUAUGCAUAAUAUUACAGCAAAGGCCUCCACUUAAGUGCAAAUGAUUCUUCAAAACUUAGAGUCAUUCCAGUAGGAUUGCAGACAGCAGACUAUAGCUCACUAUGUUCAGGGCUUUCCAUUGCCCUCUGUGGAAUAUGAUGAUUUGUGAGUGUACAAGGUCAUUCCCUUUUUGUAGCAAACAAUAGGAAAGCCCUGCUUGUCAGCACUGAUAUUUCUGGAUGCGGAGAAAGCAUUUGACAAUGUAUCUUGGCUAUCUAUGAAAAGAGUUCUGAGGAAAAUGGAUUUGGGGAAAACAUCCUUAAAGGCUAUAGAAGCUAUAUAUACUGAACAACAAGCAAAUAUGAUUGUAAAUAACAUUAUCUCUGAAGGAUGCAAAGUUAUGAAAGGAACCAGGCAAGGGUGUCCGUUGUCCCCAAUGCUGCUUAUUUUGAUUUUGGAGGUACUGACACAAAAGAUAAGGAAUAAUGACAAAAUAAGGGGUAUAAAAGUGGACCAACAAAAGUAUAAGUUAAAAGCUUAUGCGGAUGAUGUUGUUUUGACGUUGAAAAACCCACUAGACAGUGUACCAGCGGUUUUGGAAGAAAUAAAAGAGUUUGGUAACUUAGCAGGUUCUAAACUAAACUAAAUAGGGUGAACUUAGAAAACAUGAGGAAAAGAGGGGUUAAAAGGAACCAUGAUAGUAAGUCAAGGAAUUUUUCCUGAUUUUUGGUCGAUUCUUUGAAAGGAAAGCUUUUUCUUUGUUGCAUCGUUUUGGUUCAUGCUUUGUUGAUGUGGAAGGUUAACAGAAAAGCAAAUAAAUGAAUAUGAAAAUAUGAAAAAGGAAAGCCCUGCUUGUGCCUACCACUUAUAAGACUUACCCACUCCUGCAAUUUCUUCCAGUCUAAGCUGUUUGCUGAUUGAGACUGCGCAAGUACAAGCUGGAAGGGUUAUAUGGGGCAAGAUCUGACACGCUUUGUGCCUAGGGAUGCCGAAGAUCUGAAAUAGUCACUUUAAUACUUGAAUUCCCGUCUGACUUGAAAUACUGGUGUGAGAGUGUGUGUGUGGUUUUGUUUUUUCAUAUGCUGAUAGGAAUUUUAUUUUUCGUUUCCACUUUAUAUUAUUAUUAUUAUUAUUAUUAUUAUUAUUAUUAUUAUUAUAUUAGCAUCCAUUUCCGUGUAGUAGGGCAAGUGUGGCUAACCAAGGGCCCUUCAGAUGUAUGUCCACAGCAACCGCUUUGCAAAUGCAUAGGUUUCUGUAGGUCACAUAGCUGGGGGAAAGAGAAGUCUGGAACUGGAUUUGUACUCUUGCUCAUAGGUGUGAAGGCCCAGGGAAAAACCAGAAAAAUUGGGCAGAGAAAAAGCAGGAGGGAAAAUGUUUUCAUUUUCCCCUGGGGCAGGGUGGUGGUUCUGGGCCUUCAAAUCCCUACACUUGGACAUGGUUUGGCUUAGUGUGACCUGCAAAUAGAUCAUAGGGUGUUUCAGUGGUCUGCCUAAAGGCAUGCAUGGGGGUGGGAAGAUCCAUCUCAUGCAAGAAACAGGUGUAGUUUAUACAAGUGAUCCUGGUCACAGCUUGUAUAUGUGCAGCAUUGGUUUCAGGAGUAGUCCAGGCUACAGUCCUGUUCUGGUAGCCUCCUAGCCUCCUUGACUAUCACCAAAGCAAAGUCUGUCUUUUCACCUUGCACCUUUGUGUCUUCCCAGGACAAGAAGGAGGAUCGCCCAACCAUCAUUUUGGGCCUGACUCUUAAAGGGAUGCACAUCUAUCAGGUAAGAAGUUGAAAGAUUUUAAAUCUGGCAUUAACACCCCACUCUCUUUUUUUCUCUCUCACACACAGUUCCUCUGCCAGCACUUCCAACUUCUUCCUGUGUCCUAGACUUUACAAGUCUGAUUAUUGUUCCUGUUUAUCUCACAAUGUCGUUUUCUUUCCUUUUUUUGCCAUUUGUUUGCAUUGUUGUAGGAGGUGAACCAUGUUCGCCAGCUGCUCUAUGACUUCCCCUGGUCACACAUUGGGAAACUAGCAUUUCUGGUGAGUGUUGCAGAACGUGACAGUGUUAAUUUGGAUUACUUGCAGUUUGAAUCGCAUGAUUUCUUAAAGGCUCAGAGCUGACAAAUGCAUAAUAGGGUUUGGGGUUUUUUAUAUAAAGAGAUAAUAAAACGUGCAAUCCUGUUUACCAAGAGCACUUUCCUUUUCCCCUCUCUGUAAUUUAGGGGAAGAAGUUUGUAAUCCAGCCUGAUGGUUUGCCUUCAGCCCGGAAGCUAGUUUACUACACAGGGUGCCCUUUCCGGUCUCGGCAUUUGCUGCAGCUGCUCAGCAACAGCCACCGUGUGUUUCUUAACAUCCAACCCAUCCUUAAGCAGAUCCAGAUGCUGGAAGAUGCAGAAGGUAAGUGAGGGUGAGGGUUUGCAUUUGAGAAGGGCCAAGGCCUCUUGCAAACACAGGGCAGAUGCAAAGACAUUGGUUUUCACAAAAGCUUAAAGAUAUUUGCAAGGUCAGAAAGUUGUGUUGAGUUCAAAAGGUGUGAGGCAGGCAGGGCCAACGUCAGUGGCUGCCAUGACCGGACACCUUCCAAGGCCCACACUUUGCAUGAGGUCCAGCACUGAAGGCCUCUUGAUUGCUGCCACUCACCAGCACCAAGGGGCUGAUUGCCAACUCUUUGGCCAAGAGGUGAUGUGUGGGCAGAUGAGAGUUGAGGAGGAGGAAUGGCUGGCAACUGUUUGCUGACUGGUGGCCUGCUUGCUCAAGACAGAGACAGCUGUGGUGGGGAAGAGGAGGUCAUGUAUGCGGUCUGUAGGGUUCACAAAAACCUGGCACUGAUGUCAUGCCACCCUUCAAAGGCAUGGCUUGUUUGCUACAAUCCACCGUGCAAGGAGAACGUGGCUCCAGUCUCCCUUGCAUUCUAACCUCAGUUGUUAUAGAAGAACUUAACCCACUAUUUUUGAAGGCACCUGGGACCCUUCCAGUUCCUUAAGCAUGACAAUUUAAAAAAAAUAUUUAGCUAGCUUGUAUCAUUCCAAAUUUCAGCAAGAUUUUUAAAAGUCAUAAAACGUAUGAUUUCAGAAUUCAAAAACAAAUAUUAAAAAUCCUCUUAACCACCAAUGAGGUGUGUCAAUUAAAAAUGGAAAAUGGACAGAGUUGGAGGUUUGAAAGUUUUAUUAUAAUCAGGCCACAUGGAAAUGUAAUGAAUGGGUGGAUUAAUGAAUGAGAAACCACUAUAGCCAUUUUGUCUCCAUGGCCCUUCCUUUUGCUUCACUUCUGGGUAAGAGUGAUGGUUGCUGGAUAGAUUGUGAGGGCUGCUCCCAAGAGCACUUGCUCCAUGCACAGACUCUGGUGGUGUUGAGCCUUCCACCACAUGUGCUAGUCUGACCAGUGAAGUGCUUCCUUCCACUAUAAUAAUUAUUAAAUACAUGUAUCACUAUUUGUAUGCAGUGUCGUCAUGUGAUCAGGCCAGCACAGGUGGCAAGAGAUUUAAGUUUCUCUUUUUCCAAACUUUUCCCCCCACCCAUCUCACUUGUUGCAGAGAAGAAACGAUAUCGGGAAUCCUACAUCAGCGACACAUUGGAGAUGGACCUUGACCCAUCCGACAAGCAUUCGCACGGCAGUGGAAGCAGCAGAGGAAGUGAGAAGAACAACCGUCUGUCUCGACAGUCGACCGACAGCCAUGGCAGCUCUCACACGUCGGGCAUUGAGGCCGACUCAAAGCAUCGGAUUUCAGUGGAGAUGUCGGUGGAUGAGCCCUUUGGGAUGGAUCGGGUUCAUCGGAAGGAGAAGUCCUGCAGCUCAAACAUCAGCUAUGGAAGCUCUGGCAUUGAUAGCAGUGGCAAAGAGAGAGCCGAAGAGGACUCUCAGGAUGAUGGUAAGGCUUGGAAGGAAUGGCCAGCAGGUAUUUCUUUUCUGUGGGAACAAAAUUAAGAGCAGUGGUGGGUAGGAUGAAUGGGCGAGCAGGUGACUUUAGAGAAAGAUAUAUCACUGUGCCACCUUCUCUCUUGUAAUUUCCAGAAGUUGAAUUGACAGUGGAUGAGUCGGAAGAGGUGCCUGUGGAUGAGCCUCAGUUAGAGGAUGUCAUACAUGGAAAACCUGUAGAUUCACUUGCAAAAGAUGGUGUUUGCUGCCAGGGUGAGCUGAUAUUUGCGCAACUCUUUGAAAUUUGUCAGUGUUGCAUCCUGUUUCACAGUGUUUUAAGUUUCUGACUUGCAUAAAAUACUCCAGUGUGACAUUUCUUUUACUAAAUUUGAAGAAACCUGUUUGUGGAGUGAAGGGGUGUGUGGGACAUGGGAAAGUAUUUCAGGGUAUCAUCAUUUAAAAAGGUCACAGGGACACAAAAAUGUGGAGACUGAAAGCCACAAAGAAUUGUGAAAUAAGCAGAGUUCCUUCAAGCGCUGGAAUUCCCAAUUUCCUGUGUGAAGCUUUAGCUAAAUAUACAUGUCCCCAUGAUGACUUUUUUUUUGUAACAAUGAGCUAGGAACUUUCUUGAACCAAGCACCUCUGGAAGUGAGAACCUACUGUCAUAUAUAGAAUUGUAAUCCUUAAACUUGCAUCUUGUUGCUCUCUCCCCAACCUGCUUAAGAAAAUAAUUUGAAUAAUCUGUUAACAUCUGCUGGUACAAAAGGUGGACAAUUUCAACUGUUGGCCAUGGAUAGGACUGGGUGCAGUAACUGGUGAAUUUAACACUCUAUUGCCUGGUGUUAUAUACAGAAUCUUAAUAUAAGCCAGGAGUAAGGAAUAUUUUGCAGAAGAAAGAGAGAAGCAGCAGAUACCCACUAUUAAUGCCUUUCAAAUUCAAGGAAUUUGCGACCUGAGGAUUCUCCUUCUGAUGCUUCUGCCAUAUUACAUUUCUCAAUAUACAGAGCCAGCUCGGACAAUCCUUUCAUUCACUUACAGACCCCCUUUGCCACUAGGCACGUUUAAACCAGGAAAUCUUUAGUCAAUCAUAAUUUAUGGUUUUAUGCCAUAGAAAAUGAUGGCAACCAGGAACAAGCCAGGGCAUUAAACUCACUUCAAACCAUGGUUUGAUAUCCUGGCUUUUUCAGAAACUGACAGCUGUAUUUUCCCAAUUCAGAUGAAACGGAAAACUAUGGCUAAUUAAAGCCUCCCUGGUUUAAUUGCAGCUCAUAUCCAGGGAAGGAGCAAAGAGGCAUGGCAUGCGUGGACAAAAUACUUGUGCAUAUAUCAUGGCUUAAUAAGCUGAGAUAUGACCACGUGAACAUGACCAGUAUCUCUACAAGCUUUGAUCCACAUUUUUGUUUUCAGUUUGAAUCUUAUCAUUUUGAUUUUGUCUCUCUCUCUCCCCACCCCCACAACAGACACAAAUCCGAACCAUCUUUCAGUAGUGCAAGUCACGUUAAUAAAGGUCAGAGGCCAGAGUGAGGAAUCGCUUUGCCAGGUAAGAAGUUGGCUGGUGUGGAAAGGGUGUAGCUCAGUGGCAGAGCAGCUGCAAGGUUCCACCUUCAACCCACCGCAUCUCCUGGUAGGAGAAGGACAGCAGCUGUCCAUCAAUAUAGGCAAUAAUGAGCUGGAUGAAUCAAUGAGCUAGAAAGUAUAAGGCAGGUUGAUAUGUUGCUAUGAGCCAUACCAAACUCUUGUCUCAUUUACACGCUGUAAUAAGAAAUUUGGCAAAUAUCAUAUGCCACAUUAGGAUGAGUUCUGGGUUUAAACUCCCAGGACAUUUUCUUUUGAAGCAUCUAUUUCUAAGCCUAAAAGAUAGCAUCAACCACUUGGGAAACUGGAUCCAACUCAAAAUAAAGAAUGCACAAGGUUGGGUUUAGCUCAUGGAUUUUGUUUCUAGCGGUGUAAUCAGAUGCUGUUUCUUAAGCAAUCACAUUCUGGUCUGUAAAGAAUACUUCGAUCUUUACAUUUUAAUGUUAAUGUUUCUAUGUUCCAAAUGUGGUUGCUGUCAUCAGGAAAGGGGGGAAAGAUCCCUUGACUGUAGACUUCAGCAUUGUGGGACCGCUGUUUAUUCUCGGUCUGUGGUUAGUGCACAAAUUGCUCCGCUAAGAAUGUAUCUAACGUUUCGUUUGCCAGCACAGCAUAACAGCAAAGAUCUGAAAGUAAAAUCAGACUCACUCUGUCAACAGCACCAAAGGAAGCCUAGCUUGAAUUCAGUAGACUUCGCCAUAAUCCAGGGUGCUCAACAAGAUGGUUUAUACGUCUAAAACUGAGACAGCCUGCAGGGCUGAUUCUGAUUAACUAGUGGGCACAACCCAGCCGGAGUUAUGCACUUUUAAGUCUCUCUUAUUUCAGUAGGAGAGCUAAGCAUGUGAUUAAGGGCUGCAGACUAAAAGCAUUUACUUGGAAAUAUAACCCACUGAAUUCAGAGUGUAGGAUGAAGCUGGUAUACAUUGCAAGCUGAGUCUUAAACGUGCCCAUGAAAACUCACCAACAUUUUAGUGCAAAUUUCUCUAACAAACAUGCUGCAUUUUGUAUGCUGUUUUCAAUAAUACACUAGAUUUAUGCACAUUCCCCAUGAAUAUAUACAUUUUUUGUAAACAUUGCAAAAUUCAGACAAGUAUGAAUUUUGGGAGGAUGGCUGUGCUUUGGUUCUCCUAUUGUUUCAGAAAGUGUGAAUUUGAUAGAUUUGCCUUUAACAGGAUAGAAACUCUUCCCCAUUCCUUUUCCUGACUAUUGCUUGUUCUGGCAGGGUUGGAGUGCCAACAUUUGGAGAGCCACAGGUUCCCUACCUUUGACUUGUAAGCAAAUUCCAGACUGGUAGUCAUGCUAGUCUGUUGUAGUAGAAACAAAGAAAUGUGUGGUGACACCUGUAAAGACUAAGAAAAUUAUUGUGGCACAGAGCCCUCAGUUAAAUGCAUGAAGCGUUGUAUCUUUAAUAGAUACGCACACUCACAUGUGUCCACACAGAAGGGAGGCAGAAAGACCAUCUAUGGAAAAAAGAGUAGCAACAAAUGCAUCUGUCCCAAGUCCAUCACAUUUGUGCAUGGGGACAGAUUAAAGACUUCCCUAGGCUGUUACUGUGCAGAUUUUUUAGGAUAAUUCCAGAAAAUCCUUUAAAUAUCUGCAUAAACCAUUGGAAAUUAAAUAAAAGUUACAAGGUGGUCCAAGGACUGCUUUAAAAAAAAAGUUCAGGGAAGCACGUUGCUUCCUGUAUAAUUGAAUAUACAUUGUGCUGCUGGUAGCAGUCAUCCUUUUUUCAUACCAUGCCCCUUCAUACAUACCAUUUUAGGUACGUAAUUUUAUCCACUUCUGUCAAAAAUGAGGGAAAGUUAUUGCUGUUCUUUGAUUUUUCUGAGAGGGCGAGGGAGAGAAAAGAAGCUGUCUUGGGCAGCCUAGAAGUCCCCUUGGUCUAAAAUGGGCUGUUUCCCAAAGCACUAAAUCAGAGUAUGCACACCCAUAUCAUACAUAUAACAUUCAGGAAAUUUCCAAAAUUUGGUUAACAGGGAUUCUAUUGUGUGCUUAUGUCGAAAAACAUAAGCACAACUAGCCUUAAUAGCUAAAGGGAACUUCUAUACUCAGAGGCUUCCUAUCUCUGAAUACCAGAUAUCGCCCACUUUCCCCUCUUAUGGGGCAGCAUAAAUGCCCCCCCCAACCCAUUUCUCCUCACAUCCUGUGAGGUAGGUUAUAAUGAGAGAGAAUGAGUGGCCAAAGGUCAACCUGUGAGUUUCAGAGCUGAGUGGGGAUUUGAACUCAUAUCUCCUCAGCCAUCCUAGUCCAACUGUCUAUAAUCAAAACACCACAAUGGCUCCUUGCUCCUCUGGCUGACCACUGAAAAUAACAGAGUGCUGGAUAAGAGGGAUCUUUCAUCUGACCCAGGAAGGCACUUCCUAUUGCCUUUCUAUUUCAGUACAUCCUCAGGGAUAAGAACUUGUCAGAAAUUGAAGUUCUUCAUAAGUUUUGGAGUUCUUCCUCCUAUACCACUUCCAUGUGGCUUAUUUUCCUUCCUUCCUUCCUUCCUUCCUUCCUUCCUUCCUUCCUUCCUUCCUUCCUUCCUAUGACAUUGAAGGACCAAUCAAAAUAUACCGUAGUGAUUCUAAAAGGAAGACAAAAUAAUCUUCUGCUUACCAUGAUCAAACCUUUUAACUAUAAGAAGCAACACCCCUCUUGGCUCUCCCCUCCUUUUUCCAACCUAGACAAGCACCGUUGUUUCAGCCAAACUCUUCCCUUCCAACACUCAGUUCAUUGUACAUGCCAGGGGGACACUGUGUUCUGAAGCUCAGAAUCUAGGCGUUAAUAGUUGAAUGACUUCACAAUUCCAUAAUGCUUCACAGCUUCUUCAUUAAGACAAUUUUCCUUAAAGAGAAUGAGAGGAAUGUUAACAAUUUGAGACGAGAUGGGAGCUUGCACGCAUGCAAUCUUUUUCUUUUGUCUUGCUUGUUUGUUUUAAAGUUGUUUGCUUUAAUAUAUGCUUGUCUUAAACUGGCAGCUUGCACAGCCCAAAGCUAUGAAGUGCCCGGACCAGCACAGCCAUAGUCUAGAUGACAUCCGCCUUCACAAGUGUCUUCAUCCUCCACUAAGUGCCACAUUAUCUUCAGAUACCUCACACAGCUAUACGUUUGGUUGCGCCUUAGAGGAUAAGCUGGCCAGCUAUGGAUGUGUUUAUUCAACAGCUGACUGCAAAACCAAGUCUGCCCUCUAUGGGAAGAGGUCCAUGAACUGCCUGUCUCUGGAUCUCUUGGGGGAAGAUCAGCUCCCAGAGGAAUUUGUGGUGUAG